UGACUGAGGAGGAGCUCGCUGCUUUAUUCAUUGGCGUCAGCCCCUUUUUUCUUCCCUCCUUCCUGCUGAGCAGCGGGGAGCUCAAUGUUUGCCUCCAUCUCGAUGCUGAGCGCAGACACGCCGCCACCAUAAACCGCUUUUGGAACCAGGAGGAGGCGAGCCGGCGCCUGGGUAGAUGUGAGCCCAAGGUAAUGGCCAGGCUGGUGGACAUAAGCACACAGACAGAUCCCGUAGUUGUGCUGUCCUUGGCCCAGGCCGCCGUGCUAGGUCUCAUCUCCCAGAAUGAAGUGUUUGGAGCUACCAUUGCACCCAACGGCUUUUACACCGGCGAACCCAAAGAGUCCCCUGCACCACCAGUAGACGGAGUUGACUACGAAUACGCGGAUCAGCUUAUCGGAGCCAACGGAGAUUACCUCGGAGACAACUUAGGAGAAGACGGCCAGAUGCAGCCCAGCUGCAGCCAGAGGAGGUGGCAACAGGUGCCGCCACCACAACAUGUUGACACGAAAAUGGUCCUCCCCGAUCGUCACACCCUUCAAGGCGGUGACUUGACCGCAUCUCUUGUGAAAGGGGAAGGGGUGACCACUGCUAUGUCGUCUUGCGUCCACAUGUUGAACAAUAUGGCUCCCAGAGGAGGCCUAAUUCAAGUGGAUCCGGCCACACUGAGAGUCCCCAACAAGAACUGUGCCGAAUGCGAGCGGGAAGUAACCAACCAGCAGCAACCUAACCAUCAUGUCCAUCCUCCUCCUGCCCAGGUGGUUCACAGAGGAGCAGAGCAGGGCCACAGGGGACUCCAGACUCCGCGCCCUAUGGGGCCCCAUGGCCAAGGCGGCAGAGAGGAUGAAGAGGACGUAGAACAUCCGGUAAACGCCAUGAUGAAGCCCACUCAGCAGGAAGAAGCUAUCAGUAGCUACUUUCAGACCAGUGAGGUGGGCAGCUAUGAUUCUACAGAUAUGGGCAUGGGGGGUGAGUACGAAGACAACAGCCAGAACAUGAUGUGGACAGACGGCAGCGGCGGAGCACCGCACCAGCAGCCCCCGCACCCUCAGCCUCCCCGGCGUCAUGGCGGCCGCAGAGUAGACCGGCUGGAUAUAAACAUUCAGAUUGACGAGUCUUACUGUGUGGAUGUGGGGGACGGUCUGAAGCGCUGGAAGUGUCGCAUGUGCGACAAGUCCUACACUUCCAAAUACAACCUGGUCACACACAUCCUGGGCCAUAAUGGCAUCAAACCACAUGCCUGUCCACAUUGCGGGAAGCUUUUCAAGCAGCCCAGUCACCUCCAAACGCACCUGCUGACCCACCAAGGAACGCGGCCUCACAAGUGUACAGUUUGCAAGAAGGGCUUCACCCAAACCAGCCACCUGAAGCGACACAUGCUCCAACACACCGACGUCAAGCCAUACAGCUGCAGGUUCUGCCGACGGGGCUUCGCUUAUCCCAGCGAGCUGCGAGCGCACGAGGUGAAGCACGAGCGCGGCCGCUGCCACGUCUGCUCGCAGUGUGGCAUGGAGUUCCCCACCUACGCUCACCUCAAGCGGCACCAGACCAGUCACCAAGGCCCCCACACCUUCCAGUGCACCGAGUGCAACAAGUCUUUCGCUUAUCGAAGCCAGCUCCAGAACCACCUGUUAAAGCAUCAGAGCCCGAGGCCUUACACCUGUUCCCAGUGCGGCCUGGAGUUUGUACAGCUCCACCACUUGCGUCAGCACUCGCUAACUCAUAAGGGAAUGAAGGGCCACAAAUGUGAAGUGUGCUCCCGAGAGUUCACCCUGUCUGCCAACCUCAAGAGGCACAUGCUCAUCCACAACAGUGUCAGACCCUUCCAGUGUCACGUCUGCUUCAAGAGCUUCAUCCAGAAGCAGACCCUCAAGACCCACAUGAUUGUCCAUCUGCCUGUGAAGCCGUUUAAAUGCAAGGUCUGUGGGAAGUCUUUCAACAGAAUGUACAACCUGCUAGGCCACAUGCAUCUCCAUGCUGGCAAUAAGCCUUUUAAGUGUCCUUACUGCACCAGUAAGUUCAACCUGAAGGGAAACCUCAGCAGACACAUGAAGGUCAAGCAUGGGAUGGACGUCUCUCCAGAGGGACAAGCAGAAACUCUCCCAGAAAUGGAAAGCCAGGGUGAAUAUGAAGGCCAGAACUUCAACUUUACAGCACCAGACAAUAUGGACAACAGCGGCUCCCAAAACCUCACUAAACUCACCACAGCAAACAUGGAGGACAUGGAGGAGUAUUACAAUUUUGGGAAAGAUACGAGCAGCUACACCACGCCCUGAGUAUUAACGGACCACAGGAGACGAAUGAUUCUCAAUUACAGAGCGGUUUUCAGAAACUCUGGGAAAGUGUUUUUAUUUUCCUUACUGCUCAGACCUCCCACCAGAAUCUAAGAGACGACGAACCUUUAGACGAUGGGAGGAGUCCUGGAAGGAGGCGCUUAGGUCCCACCUCCUGCAGCAAAGACUCUGGAGCUGCUGAUGCGGUCCGAAGCUCCCUUUGGAUAACAAGACUCACUGAAACACAAACUGUCACUGAUGGACGCUCAAAUAUGUAUGUUGUAUGUAUCAGUUAUUAAGGAGGAGAAAAAAAAACACUGCAGAUGUGAUAAAAAAAAAAAAGACAUUCAGUCUUUGCCAUCUUAGUUCACGUGUCGUAUUUUGGACUGAAGGCCAGUUAGAAACAUGUUGCAGCUCAUCGUCCUCCAUGUUCACCACUUACUAAACUGAUCUUUUGAUAUAUUUACACAUUUCAUCCGUUCUGUAUCAGGUUGUCUGUUUCUCCUAGGCUUUACACUUAGAGCUUAACAAAUUUCAGCUUCUGAAGCAUUUUGGGUUUUUUUUUGUCCCAUCCACCCGAUGCGUUCAAUAUUUGCUACUUUCCUAUGCUGGCCUUAAUGACUAAACUACUGGCAUGUAAAAGCCCUUUCACUGUACAGAGGUUUCGGCGACAUGCAGUGUGUUUACCCACUGUUUGUAUUUCACCUGGUUUAGCUUUACAUGAAUAAUCUAUCCCGUGUAGUGAAUAUAUCACUCUAGUUUUUGAAUUACUGAGUAAAUGAUACGAAGCACUUUUUUGUUGAAAGUUUUUUGUUGGGGAGAAAAGGUUGUAAAAUCUUUCAAACCCCAAUUAUGGCAAUAUUAUUAAACUAUAUAUUAU